UGCGCCGGACCGGAUGAGGUAAUCAACAUUCAUAACUGUUUUUAAAUGAAUUAAGUAAGGUUCGUGAUGAAAUCCGAAUGUAAAGAUUGAAAGUGGAGCUACACAACAUGAUUCAGGACAGUUGGGAGCAAAAUGCUAUACGAUAAAAGAACGGAGAUGUAUUUUAUUUCGUAUUUACUGGCUCAGUUGUGUUUGCAGCAAGAACAAAUGCAUUUUGCUCUGUGUAUGAUUGUAUGUCUUUUGCAUUGCAUUGUGCACACUUGUAUUUAAAGCAUGCUCAGUGCUGACACAUGCACAGCUGUGGUGCACGUGGGUUUGGGUGCAAAUCACUACAUAAUUUCUGUUUAUAAGCCUACAUGUGCAUUGUGUUUCAUGUGUGUUCUAGUGUGUGAAUGUACAGCUUGAGCUUAUAGGUACCAUUGAAUGUCUAAAUAAUAAACAACUGUAUCAAAAUGUCUGUAUUUUGCACAAGGCACCUUUUGCAGAACUUAAGGUACACGGUCCAUAGAAUAUCUGUGUUGAUACCAAUACCUCCACGUAGAGCAUUUCUUCUAAAAGGUUCUCGGCUUCUCUCUCAAGCCCCCAAAGUGGGUUUGUUCUGUUGGACUGCGGGCGGCAUUACCUAUGCCACUGCCCAGAAAGCGAUUGGUCAACAGAGACCUACAGAGAGGAAGUCUGUUGCUCGAGUACAUGUCCACAGGUUGAUAUUCAUCUUUCGUCUGGGACUCCGCGCCAUGGUGAUUUUUCUGAAGUUUAGCCCCCUUUUGCUUCUGUACCCCUUGACUUUACUAUCUCACCGUUGGGCUUCCAAUUGGCUGGAUGUCCUGCUUUGGGUCACCGAGACCUCUGGACCCACAUUUAUCAAAUUGGGCCAGUGGGCCAGCACCAGACGAGACAUCUUCUCUCAGGACUUCUGUGACCGUUUCUCAAGGCUUCAUGUUCGGGUGAAGCCUCAUUCAUGGGCCCACACCAAGCAGUGUCUGCGUAGGGCGUUUGGAGAAGGUUGGAGGCAGAUGUUUGUGUUUGACAGUAAGGAGCCUGUUGGUUCGGGAUGUGUGGCACAGGUGUACCGCGCCACGGCCAAGGUGGGGAACGUAGAAGACCCAGCUUUCCAGCAACUGGUGGAGGAACUGGAGAAGAACAAUCUCCUGGAGGCUUGGGAGAUCCCUGGUCUCGGAGGAGCAUUGAGUGACCUCUGGGAGGCAUAUAAAGAUGAGGAUGAGACAGUGUACACCAAGACAAGGGAUCUUACAGAUAGUCCAACCAGUUCGAGAGAACAUCCUGAAGAAGAGCGUCUGAUACCUGUGGCUAUUAAGGUUCUUCAUCCUGGAAUCAGGAGGCAGGUGGAGAUAGAUUUGAUUCUGAUGAAAGCUGGAAGUUUGUUCCUCAACUGUUUUCCUGGCAUCAAGUGGCUCAGCUUGCCUGAGAUUGUAGACGAGUUUGAGAAGCUCAUGACCAAACAGAUUGAUCUUCGGUUUGAGGCCCAGAACAUUGAAAAGUUCCAAAAGAACUUUAAAGAUCUUAAAUAUGUGAAGUUUCCAACACCGCUCAGACCAUUUGUCACGAGAACUGUCUUGGUGGAAACGUACGAGGAGAGUGAACCCAUUUCAAAGUACCUGAGUGCUGAUGUCCCAGCAGGAGUCAAGCAGAGGAUCGCAAGGAUGGGAGUUGAUCUUCUUUUGAAAAUGGUGUUUGUGGAUAAUUUCGUCCACGGGGACCUCCAUCCAGGGAACAUCCUGGUGCAGGAUGGGCAAGGAGAGGGACCCCAGGACAGAGCCACUCUAACAGACCUGUGGGACACUGUGGUGGUCAGCAUGAGACCAACCCCUCCACCCCUGCAGCUGGUGCUACUGGACGCGGGCAUUGUGGCGCACCUUAGCGAGGCAGACCAACGCAACUUCAGAGCUGUGUUCACUGCGGUCGUUCUCAAGCAGGGUGAGCGAGUGGCAGAGCUGAUUCUUCAUCAUGCCCGUGCCAAUGAGUGCCAGGAUGUGACGUGCUUCAAGAAGGAAAUGGCUGAAUUAGUGGAUGACGCACUCAGUGACACUCUCUCCCUGGGAAAAAUUCGGGUGGCUGAGCUGUUGUCUCGAGUCUUUGGUUUACUGAUCCAUCACAAGGUGAAAUUGGAGAGUAAUUUCGCUUCUAUCGUGUUUGCUAUCAUGGUCCUGGAGGGUUUGGGCAGAUCACUGGAUCCCAACCUGGACAUCUUGGAGAUCGCUAAACCAAUACUGCUGAAGAACUGCACCUCACUCUAAAUACACUGUCAACAUUUACCUCAUUAUUCCACACACUAAUAACGGCCUGUUUCAUCAGAGCAUCAUGAAAAGUGCUAAUCAGGGAAUUUAACGUCACUCAGAGGAAAAGAGCAUAUGUGGGAUCAAUUUACACGUGUUAUGUUCUGAUAAAUUCUGUGAUGCUGAGAUUGACUUGUACACAUGGGCCAAUUCGUCCAUUUGAUUUGAAUCCUUUUUUGUGUUUAAAAUGCUCAUGAUAUGUACACAAAAUGAAACAUGAAGUCAGCCCUUAAGUUUAUAGACCUUAACCCCUCCUUGGUCUUAAUGAUCAAGUCCCUACAUUGUCCUUAAGGGUCAAAUUGACCCUUUUUUGUGUUCAAUUUCAAAAGCUUGUAAUAAAGGCUCUGUUUGCUCCAUCUCUCUACUUUUGGUCUUAAAUCGUUCGUCUAGGUGCCAGCUAACACUAGAAAAUAUAUAUUUUUCUCUAUCACAUCUAAAAGGUUUCAGUCUAAAAGUGGAGAGAUCAAAAGCCUUUGAAGCUUGUUUAAAAAAAAGAAAAAAAAGAGUUUUGAAGCUACGCCCCCUGCCUUUCAGAACUGUAUAUUGCAAUAGAAGGUGAUAGAGAAAAAAAUAUUUUUUUCUAGUGUUAGCUGGCACCUAGAUGAACGUUUUAAGACCAAAAGUAGAGAGAU